CAACGUCAGAAGGGGGUGAUCUGGGCAUCGACCCCCAGCGGUUUUAAUGUAUACACACUCUAUGCCAGAGACCUCCCCCCCCUCCUCUUAGCCCCCCGCCUUGGCGACAUCCGACAUACAAGCAACCCCUCGUGGCGAACCCCACUAAUCUGCCCUGCCUAGCCUGAGCUCUCCACCAAUGGCAGCAUAAGAGAGCCAUGGUGCGAGUCGUGCGCGCUUGCCUCCACAUGCGCGGCCCCGUAUUGGGCUGUCCGCGCACGCAUCAUGUGGCGCUUUGGCAGCCGGGCAGCAAUACCGUGUGCGCGUGGCACACGAUUUACGAGCCUCACCCACCCGCGGGGCCGCCGCCCGUAAUGCUACUACCUGCGUCGGGGGGAGGGUCACAUGCUCGGAGGUCACACGAGGGUGGGGCGCGCGCUCACAGGCGAGGGAGCAGGCACCUCCGACGCGGCCCAUCGGUCGCCGCCCGGGUCCGCCGCCGCCACCGCCGCCGCCACCACCACCGCCGCCGCCGCCGCCAAACCCGCCUCUGCGCACCUGCCGCCGCGGCGCUCCCUUUUGCUUGAUCGCAUCUGGAUUGAACAGCGUCGCAAAGAAAAAGGCGAUGAGAGCGUAGACCUGGUUCGGAAGAUUGAGCAGCUCCUCCAUGAAGGACCGUUGCUCGAUCACUUGCCCAUUCCGAAGGUACGGCAUGAUCGGCCCUGAGGACUCGUCCGGCUUUUUGAGGACUCCUCAGCAGCUUCUGGACGCCGGCGCUCCGAGUGUGUUUCCAAAAAAGAAAUCAGGCCUCAUAAGGGGCCUGUGCCCUCGGGGCGAGCGCGCAACACUCGUACGUCCAGAGAAUGGAAUUGUCCUGUGUAUGUAG